AAGAAAGAACCUUCUGUUGCUUUUCCCAUUUUUCUCAAUCUCUUUGUUUCAUUUUCAAUAGGAAUUUUCCUUUUCGCUCAAAAUUUCCACCCCCACCACUUUCCGGGAAACCGCCGCAUGUUUGAUUCCCAAGAAAAUUUCUCCAAUCCAUAAUCCGUACUUCCUUUAUAAAUCCCACCACCACCACCAUAUCCUUCCACUCCAAAAUCACUCAAAAUAUAAAAACCCUAUCUACCUCUAUACAAAUUAAUUAAACCAAAAAAAGAAAAAAGAAGAAAAAUUCCCGAUGAAUGUAACUGGCAAAAAACACCCAAAAAGAAGCAAGAAAUCGGCGGCGGCCAAUUUCAAAGUCGUGUACAUUUCAAGUCCGAUGAAGGUGAAAACCAGCGCCUCGAAGUUCCGAUCUCUCGUUCAGAAACUCACCGGUCAGGACUCCGAUGCCGAGAGGUUCAUGGAACUGAUCGCCUCCGCCGCUAGUGAUCGGAAUCUGCAAUCGUCAGCGUCGGCGCCGUUCCUCGACUACCAACUCCUCGGCGAUGACGAUCUACUGGUGUCAGGAAAGGUCGAAACGGCAGCGUAUGAAUCGUCGGUUGCGGCUCUUCCGCCGCUGGAUGAUUUGGCGGUUCUGCAGAAUUUCGAUGCGAGUUUUGCAGAAAUGUUCCAUGGCUUUUGGUAUGAUUCUUCUACGGCACAAACUAUGAUGCCAGGUUUAAGUGCACUACUGUAGAUUCGGCGUACUUUAUGAUUCUCCCUUUUUUUUUUUAACUAAAUAAUGUGACGUGGAUUUGUAUAGAUACAUGAAAUUGUUGCCACAUUUUUUUUGUCGAUAAUUAUAUAUUUUGAAUACAAUAUAUACGGCAAUUUUGAGAAUUA